GUGUCGUCAAUGUGCACUGUACGGAGCCCAUAUAUACAUACACACAUCUGCAAUCGUCGAACACGGUUGUGACAGAUUUACAGAGUUCACAGCACUUAGAAGUAUUCUUAUGAACACCAGCGUGAAUAUUUAUUGACGGUGAUGGAUUAUGAACGUGUUCCAACAUCGGCUGGGGAUGCCUCAAAGAUACAGUCCGGGAUGUGGGAUCAUGUCUGGUGUGGAAUCAACGUCUUCAUGCUUGUGUUCUUUGUGUUAGCGGCCUAUUUCAAUCUGAAUGACAAUGACUGGUACCUGUGGGUGCCAAUAUAUUGUGUCCCAGCAGUGCUGUGUCUUCCAAUCAUUGUAAAACCAAAACUGUCAGAAAAUAAGAUAAUAGGAAGUGUGUCUGUGGUGCACUUCACGCUGUGUUUAGCUUACUCAGGGUACCAGGUCAUCACCAUGGUCCAAGUGAUUAGCGGUCGCAUCCAGAACCCGCUUCAACAUGAGGAGGGCAGAGAGAUGGGAGGUCUGCUGAUCAUUAUUGCAUGGUUGGGGAUCUGCAGAUUCACAGCACUAGGGAGACCUGACACCACUGCCACGAACCGGUCGCUGAUGAAUGCUCUGGUCCUGAUGUCAGUGACGCUGGCUGUGCUGCCGCUGUUCACCUGGGCUCUGUGUUUUGUUGGGGACUGGCAUCAGAAGCUGGGCCACUGCAAUGGCAUGUUCAGGUCCUAGGAUGCUGAGGAGGAUCAUGAUGAGGAGAAGGAGGAGUUGUUUGUUGGAUGUAACACUACUCUGAACAGUGCUGCAACUGUAUCUGUGUGUGGGGAAGCUAGGACAUGUGGGAGGAAACCCUGUAGUGAUGCUGGUCUCAGAUAUUUUCCACACAUGAUUGUGAGACACCUAAGGGAUGUAACUCAGUAUGGCAAAAUCUGACAUAUCAGAUGACUAGGUCAUUGUGACCCCAACUGGUGAUCUUGAAGCUGGAGUGAGUGAGUGAGUGAGCUUAGAUUUACGCCGCAUUCAGCAAUAUUCCAGCUAUAUGGCGGCGGUCUGUAAAUAAUCGAGUCUGGACCAGACAA